GUAAGGGUGGUGCACGAGGGCGCCAGCGCAUUGCGGCGGAAUCUCGGCUGCUGCCUUCUUGAGGUUCUAGGCGCGGAGACCCGGGCUUCGCGUGGAUCCUGCACUGACUCCCAGUCUCGGUCCCAGCCGGCCGCCCUCAUACCCUUCUGUCAGUCCCCCUUCCCACACACACCCUAAACCCGUGCGCAGGGUCCUCCUCUAUGGAUCCCGAACUUCCAGAACCCUCGACCGACGUCGUCUCGGUUCCAAGCCAGCCGUCCACUGCGCAUUCUGAGCCUGAUGCUCAGGGUCCCAGCGAGGGGGGCGACUCAGGCACCAUGAGCCAGGACGCCGAGGUGGACAUGAAGGAGGUGGAGCUGAACGAGAUGGAGCCCGAGAAGCAGCCGAUGAACGCGGCGUCGGGGGCGGCCGUGGCGGGCGGCGCGGAGAAGAACGGCCUGGUGAAGCUCAAGGUGGCGGACGACGAGGGGGAGGCGGCCGCGGCCAAGUUCACGGGGCUGUCCAAGGAGGAGCUGCUGAAGGUGGCGGGCAGCCCCGGCUGGGUGCGCACGCGCCGCGCGCUGCUGCUGCUCUUCUGGCUCGGCUGGCUGGGCAUGCUGGCCGGCGCCGUGGUCAUCAUCGUGCGCGCGCCGCGCUGCCGGGAGCUGCCGGCGCAGCGCUGGUGGCACACGGGCGCCCUCUACCGCAUCGGCGACCUGCGGGCCUUCCAGGGCGGCGACGCCGGCCGCCUCGAGGGUCUGAAGGGGCACCUGGAUUACCUGAGCACGCUGAAGGUGAAGGGCGUCGUGCUGGGCCCAAUUCAUGAGAACCAGAAGGAUGACCUCUCUGCGACCAACUUGGAAAGGAUCGACCCCACUCUUGGCUCCAAGGAAGAUUUUGACAAUUUCCUGCAAUCGUCGAAGAAAAAGAGCAUCCGGGUUAUUCUGGACCUUACUCCCAACUACAGGGGCCAGGACUCGUGGUUCCAGCCUGCCCAGCAUGCCGAUGUGGAAACCAAGAUGAAGGAUGCUCUGAGUUUUUGGCUUCAGGCUGGUGUGGAUGGCUUCCAGCUUCGGCAUGUGGAGACUCUGACGAAUGCACCUUCACUCUUGACCGAGUGGCAGAAUAUCACCAAGAGCUUCAGUGAAGAUAGGCUCUUGAUUGCAGGGACGGGCUCCUCCGACCUUAAUCAGAUCCUAAACCUGCUCGAAUCCACCAAGGACCUGCUGUUGACAAGCUCAUACCUGUCCAUGGGGAAUCCUAAGGCCCAGAUCACUCAGUAUUUGGACGCCAUUGGUGAUGGCUGGGGCAGCUGGGCUUUGUCUCAGGGGGAGCUCAUGACCAGGUUCGUGCCGCCUCCACUCCUCCGGCUCUACUACCUGCUGUUCUUUACCCUGCGGGGGACCCCAGUUUUCAGCUAUGGGGAUGAGAUUGGCCUGCAGACAGCUGGACAGCCUGCGAAGGCCCCAGUCAUGCCUUGGGGGGAAUCCAGUGAUCCUAGCACGGCUGGAUCUGGAAACACCAACCUGACUUCUGUGAAGGAUCAGAGCAAAGACCCAGGCUCCCUCCUCUCACUCUUCCGGAGGCUGAGUGAUCAGAGGGGCAAGGAGCGCUCGCUGCUGCACGGGGACUUCCACGAGAUCUCCUUGGGGUCCAACCUCUUCUCCUACGUCCGCCUGUGGGACCAGAACAUGCGUUUCCUGGUCUUGCUCAACUUUGAGGAAGUGGGCCAACCUAUCAGUUGGCAGUCUAUCAGCCUGCCUGGAGGUACCAGCCUGCCAGCCAAGGUUGAACUGAUGCUCAGCACAAAGUCUGGCCGCACGGAGGGCUCCACUCUGGAUCUGGAGAAACUGACCGUGGAGCCCCACGAGGGGCUGCUCCUGCACUUCCCCUACGAGGCCUGACUGGGAGCCACUGCCUUCCUCUCCCCACCUCGGUCCUUCGGGUUCUGGGUUCUUCUUCUCCUUUUUUAUUUUUUAUUAUAUGUUACAGAUGAACCCCUCAAAUAGGGGUUUUUUGGGCAUCAAAUAAAAGUGAUCCCUGCCUGGUGAGGUCUUGUCUUCCAUCCACUC